AUGUCGGCUUUCGUGGUCCUCCCACAGGCCACUCAGGUGCCGCGUGUGGUGGGCGAGUCGAUCUACAGCCAAGGCUCUCCCACAAGCCCUGGCCUUGCAGGUGCUGAUGUUUCUAGCUGGGUGACAAGCGCUGCCCUGGCAACCGUGGCAGCUGUGUCAAUUUACAGGGCCAUGCGGGGGCGCAACUGGUCUCGAGUAAGCCUGGGUCCCAACGGCGGCUGCUUCUACGAGUACAAGUUCCGAGCCAAACCCGGUGCCAAGUACCGCUACCGAUUUUCUACCGACGUUUGGACACCAGAGUGGGGUCAUUACCCAAACGAAGAGAAGGGCCGUCUGAUUCGCUAUGGACAGCUUCUAAACAAAGGUACGGUGCGUUUGCCAAUGCAGGAGGACGAUGACAAUGAUGGUUGGGGACUGCUGGGCGCAGCAGAUGACGGUGCAGUUGGGGCUUUGCUGCUCGACUGUGAUGGUACCCUGGCAGAAACUGAGCGAGACGGGCACCGCGUUGCCUUCAACAAGGCUUUUGCUGAGAAGGGCUUUGAUGUGGAAUGGGAUGCUGAUCUUUACGGGGAGCUGUUGACUACUGGGGGCGGAAAAGAACGAAUGACGCGCUACUUCAAGGAGGUCAAUCCUGACGCGUGGACCUUUGCGGACGAGCCUGCCCCAGACAACGCUCUCAUCAUGGAGCUGCACGAGUUGAAGACGCAGAUUUUCAUGGACAUCGUGAAGUCAGGUGAGCUGCCUUUGAGAGAGGGUAUCAAGGAGUUGAUCUCCAAAGCAGACAGUGCGGGCUGGCAAUUGGCUGUGUGCUCAACCAGCAACGAGGCCUCGGUCCGCGCAGUGGUGGAGACAAUGCUGCCCGAGUUUGCCGACAAGAUCAAAGUCUUUGCUGGAGACGUAGUGGCAGCCAAGAAGCCAGAUCCAGCCAUUUACAAGCUGGCCGCCCAAGACCUGGGUGUUGCACCAAUGCGCUGCGUGGUUGUGGAAGAUACGGGAAUCGGAGCGCAAGCCGGUGCUGCUGCCAGCAUGAAGGUAGUUGUCACCAAGAGCGUGUACUCAGCCAAGGAGUUCUUCGGCGAUGCUGAUGUCGUGGUUGAAAAUGCAAGCGAGCUCGACUUCCAAAAGGACAUCGUGUCACUGCUGCCGGUGUUGGAGCUGGCGUGA